UUGUUCUCACGUUACCGGUUUAAUCAAAUCAUUACCUGGGCUAAAAUUUCCACAACUUUGUGUGUCCUGCAGAACAAAGCUACACCAGUAUCCCAUAGCAAUGGAAUGACAUCCUCAGACUGAUGAAGUAACCAGUGCUACCUGGUUGUUAUGUGAACCACUUAGGAUAGAAAACUGAAGCCUUUAGAGUGCCGCAUAUGUUAAUUUCAAAAUUCCCAGAUGAACAACAUUAGAUUUAGACAAUUUGGCAACGGGCUGCUGUUUGAACAGAGUUUGGGUGUUAGUAGUAACGCAGUCUUUGGCCCUGUUCCUUUAGGAUCUUUUCUCAGUUACCAGAGAUCAGUUGUUGGAUUUCAUGGAAGAAGAACGUAUCCUGGUAUAACACCUGUGGCACCAAACAGAGGCCGAAAAAAGGAAAAGGUAGUGAACUUGAAGACAAUACAAAUAUAGGUAACGCAGGCAGUUGCUGAGGCUCACCUUGGAGGAAUGAGUCCUGAACUUACCAGAUAUGUCAGAGAAUAGCAGAUCUCAGAAGCUGCAGAAGAUGUACCCAUUAUUCAUAAAACCAGAAUUUAUUGAUGACACUGGGCGGAAUGUAGCUCAGGAGCAUAAAGGCCUAGUAGACAGGACAUUCUGGACAAUGACUAGGAAAAUAAGAGACAAAAUGGCAUUCCUUUCAUUCAUCAAGGACAAAGUGUUGCUGAAGUGCUCCCCAGCUGGCCGGGCUGAGGUCAUACUGUCAUGGAGUCGUACUGUUUGGUGGAUGAGGCAUAUCUAAGUACAUGUAACCUGAAUCGAUCCUUGCUGUUGAACAGAAGUUGCAAGAACUUAUCCAUGACAACACUAAACAAAGCAAUGAAGUCAUACCAGUCAUUCAUAGAUGCUGUGCCUGAGGAAAAUAUAUUGUAGAACCAGAAAUUUUUGCUAUCUUUCCAGUAAGUGUCACAGAAAAAAAACAUGUUGUGACAGGACUUUAGUGGUUCAAUAUUGAAAUGAAAAUGACAAAAGAAUAUUUAAAAAAAUGAGGAAAUCAUUUUAUGCUACUACAUGUAGAGAAUAGAAAACUGUUCAGUUUUAUUUCCAAGAGUAAACAUAUAGCUCUGUUCAGUUUUAUUUUUGAGAGUGUACAUAUAACUCUGUUCUGUUUUAUUUUUGAGAGUAUACAUAUAGCUCUGUUCAGUUUUAUUUUUGAGAAUAUACAUAUAGCUCUGUUCAGUUCUAUUUUUGAGAGUAUACAUAUAGCUCUGUUCAGUUUUAUUUCCAAGAGUAAACAUAUAGCUCUGUUCAGUUUUAUUUUUGAGAAUAUACAUAUAGCUCUGUUCAGUUUUAUUUUCGAGAAUAUACAUAUAGCUCUGUUCAGUUUUAUUUCCGAGAGUAUACAUAUAGCUCUGUUCAGUUUUAUUUUUAAGUGUGUAAAUAUAGCUCUGUUCAGUUUUAUUUUUGAGUGUGUAAAUUUAGCUCUGUUCAGUUACAUUUCCAAGAGUAAACAUAUAGCUCUGUUCAGUUUUAUUUUUGAGAAUAUACAUAUAGCUCUGUUCAGUUUUAUUUUUGAGAGUAUACAUAUAGCUCUGUUCAGUUUUAUUUCCAAGAGUAAACAUAUAGCUCUGUUCAGUUUUAUUUUUGAGAAUAUACAUAUAGCUCUGUUCAGUUUUAUUUUCGAGAAUAUACAUAUAGCUCUGUUCAGUUUUAUUUCCGAGAGUAUACAUAUAGCUCUGUUCAGUUUUAUUUUUGAGUGUGUAAAUAUAGCUCUGUUCAGUUUUAUUUUUGAGUGUGUUAAUAUAGCUCUGUUCAAUUUUUUUUCCAAAAGUGUAAAUAAAGCUCUGUUCAGUUUUAUUUCUGAGUGUGUAAAUGUAGCUCUGUUCAGUUACAUUUCAGAGAGUGUAAAUAUAUCUCUGUUCAUAGUUUUAUUUCUGAGAGUGUAUGUUUUAUGUGUGUUCAGUUGCAAGAAAGAAAAUGUUCAGCAUUUACUAUUGGUCAUGUGUGGCCAAGUUGUAAUGGUCCAUGACAUUGGAACACUCGAGUACCCUUUCCUUCAGAUGGAUGCAGAAUUCUUUCAUGUGAGGAAGACAAAAGUUUGAUGGUUGUACCCAGGGUUUCUUUAUGCACCCAUGUAAAUUUGAAAUGCCACUACUUUGUUGUUUUGCAGGUUGAAACUUCUAACAUGUCAAAUCAGAUGUACUUCAUACUUGUUAAAUAUAUAACAGAGAGAAAAUUAUGAAAUUAUAUUUCAUAGUAAUUCAUAUUUCAUAUCAUAUAGAAAUAUUUCAUAAUCAUAUAAAGUCUGCAAAUUAGUUAUGUACAGAUCUCCUCACCAUGUGUUUGUAAAUAAGUAUUAUUUUUCUGGCAAAGCUCAUAAAUGCCCGCAAAUGUAAAUAGAUACGAUUCAGUCAGUACACAAAGUCAUAUGACUUUGGAUACAGUAGUAUGUAAUUAGAUUCAGUUGUUAGCAGUACAUAUUGAUCUGUAAAAUACAGGAGAUUAAUUAGCACUUACUAUUAGCAACACAUAUUAAGUAGUGUCAUGUAGAGAUAAGAGUAUAAGUAAAAGAUUCAGGAAGAAAUUAAUGCCCAAAUUCACAGCACUUAUCUGAAGUAUAGUGUUAAAUGAUUUAAGUUUGGUUCUAUGGAUUGAAAUGUCUUGUAUGCAAAAUUAAGUCAUAUAUGCACUUUCUGGAACAUAUAGCUCUGUUCAGUUUUAUUUUUGAGUGUGUAAAUAUAGCUUGGCUCUGUUCAAUUUUUUUUCCAAAAGUGUAAAUAAAGCUCUGUUCAGUUUUAUUUUUAAGUGUGUAAAUUUAGCUCUGUUCAGUUACAUUUCCAAGAGUAAACAUAUAGCUCUGUUCAGUUUUAUUUUUGAUAAUAUACAUAUAGCUCUGUUCAGUUUUAUUUUCGAGAAUAUACAUAUAGCUCUGUUCAGUUUUAUUUCCGAGAGUAUACAUAUAGCUCUGUUCAGUUUUAUUUUUGAGUGUGUAAAUAUAGCUCUGUUCAGUUUUAUUUUUGAGUGUGUAAAUAUAGCUCUGUUCAGUUUUAUUUUUGAGUGUGUAAAUAUAGCUCUGUUCAAUUUUUUUUCCAAAAGUGUAAAUAAAGCUCUGUUCAGUUUUAUUUCUGAGUGUGUAAAUGUAGCUCUGUUCAGUUACAUUUCAGAGAGUGUAAAUAUAUCUCUGUUCAUAGUUUUAUUUCUGAGAGUGUAUGUUUUAUGUGUGUUCAGUUGCAAGAAAGAAAAUGUUCAGCAUUUACUAUUGGUCAUGUGUGGCCGAGUUGUAAUGGUCCAUGACAUUGGAACACUCGAGUACCCUUUCCUUCAGAUGGAUGCAGAAUUCUUUCAUGUGAGGAAGACAAAAGUUUGAUGGUUGUACCCAGGGUUUCUUUAUGCACCCAUGUAAAUUUGAAAUGCCACUACUUUGUUGUUUUGCAGGUUGAAACUUCUAACAUGUCAAAUCAGAUGUACUUCAUACUUGUUAAAUAUAUAACAGAGAGAAAAUUAUGAAAUUAUAUUUCAUAGUAAUUCAUAUUUCAUAUCAUAUAGAAAUAUUUCAUAAUCAUAUAAAGUCUGCAAAUUAGUUAUGUACAGAUCUCCUCACCAUGUGUUUGUAAAUAAGUAUUAUUUUUCUGGCAAAGCUCAUAAAUGCCCGCAAAUGUAAAUAGAUACGAUUCAGUCAGUACACAAAGUCAUAUGACUUUGGAUACAGUAGUAUGUAAUUAGAAUCAGUUGUUAGCAAUACAUAUUGAUCUGCAAAAUACAGGAGAUUAAUUAGCACUUACUAAUAGCAACACAUAUUAAGUAGUGUCAUGUAGAGAUAAGAGUAUAAGUAAAAGAUUCAGGAAGAAAUUAAUGCCCAAAUUCACAGCACUUAUCUGAAGUAUAGUGUUAAAUGAUUUAAGAUUGGUUCUAUGGAUUGAAAUGUCUUGUAUACAAAAUUAAGUCAUAUAUGCACUUUUUGGAACAUAUAGCUCUGUUCAGUUUAAUUUUUGAGUGUGUAAAUAUAGCUUAGCUCUGUUCAAUUUUUUUUUCCAAAAGUGUAAAUAAAGCUCUGUUCAGUUUUAUUUUUAAGUGUGUAAAUUAAGCUCUGUUCAGUUACAUUUCCAAGAGUAAACAUACAGCUCUGUUCAGUUUUAUUUUUGAGAAUAUACAUAUAGCUCUGUUCAGUUUUAUUUUCGAGAAUAUACAUAUAGCUCUGUUCAGUUUUAUUUUUGAGUGUGUAAAUAUAGCUCUGUUCAGUUUUAUUUUUGAGUGUGUAAAUAUAGCUCUGUUCAGUUUUAUUUUUGAGUGUGUAAAUAUAGCUCUGUUCAGUUUUAUUUUUGAGUGUGUAAAUAUAGCUCUGUUCAGUUUUAUUUCUAAGUGUGUAAAUAUAGCUCUGUUCAGUUACAUUUCAGAGAGUGUAAAUAUAUCUCUGUUCAUAGUUUUAUUUCUGAGAGUGUAUGUUUUAUGUGUUUUGUGCGGAAGACAAAAGUUUGAUGGUUGUACCCAGGGUUUCUUUGUGCACCCAUGUAAAUUUGAAAUGCCACUACUUUGUUGUUUUGCAGGUUGAAACUUCUAACAUGUCAAAUCAGAUGUACUUCAUACUUGUUAUAUAUAUAACAGAGAGAAAAUUAUGAAAUUAUAUUUCAUAGUAAUUCAUAUUUCAUAUCAUAUAGAAAUAUUUCAUAAUCAUAUAAAGUCUGCAAAUUAGUUAUGUACAGGUCUCCUCACCAUGUGUUUGUAAAUAAGUAUUAUUUAAGUACAUUGAUGUAUAAUUAUAUCAGUUUCAGUUUGAUAUAUCAAAAGGGAUGCAGAGGGACCCCUAGCUUGUAUAGUGAUGCCAAAUUAGUAGUCAAAGACUUAUCAAUAUGGGAACCUGAUAGGGGGUAAAUGAGAUGUAUAUGUAUGUGAUUGACAAGUGUGAGUUUGUGUGUUAGGUAAAGUGACCAAUGAAUGAUAAUUGUUAAUUAAUGUAAUUAGGGAGUUAGGGCAGGAAGUGAAUGUUGAUUGCAAGAGAGGAAUAAAGGGUGUGUCUUGAUUUAAGAGAAAGGGAGCUGAGAGAAACAAAUUGUUAGUUAAUCAUGUUAAUAAAAGUUCAGUGGCAGACUUAGAAAAUAUAUCUUGGAAUUAU